AUCGCCAUCUAUCUAUCGUUUCGCCCAUUAUUUAUUUAUUCGCUUUCCCCCAAAUUCCAUUUCCGUUUCGGUUCCAUCUCCGCACCACACGCACACUGGCGCAUCCAAUUCCCAAUCAAAAUCAAAUCUCAUUCCUCACGUCGUCAAUCUAGUUUCAAAUUUACCCUAACAAAAUCCCGUCUCCCAUUCGCAAUUUUCGACGUGCUCAUCCAUCCCCAAAGUUGAAUACGAAUAUUUAUUAACGAGAAUAAGGAAAGCCCUUUUUAUCUGCCGUUUUUGCCUUUUUGGGGGUUCCCCUCUUUCCAGAAUUUGUCGAUCUUGCCUUUCUUCCUCUUCCGCUCCGCUCAUAAACCAAAUUGAAUAUUCUAUUCUAUGUUCCAAGUGCUACCCGUUGUUUCAUUUGCAUCCGACCAAUAUAUCUGAAGCGAGUUUCAUUAGGUUAUUAUUAUCAUAUUGUUGUCGUCGUUGGUUUUGAGUUGGAUUAUUGAUCGAAUAUUUUGUUUAUCCGGUUUCCUUCUCAGUCAUAUUAUUGGGGUUUUGGAUGGUUAAAAGAGUUUAUUAUUGCUAUUGCUAUUGCUAUUGCUGUUGCUUUAUGCGAAUAGGUUGAUAGUUUACCCGCUGCAAAGUUGGGUUCUUUUGAGUUUGCUCUUCCCCUCAGUUGGAUUUCAUUGGGUUUCUUUCGUGUUCAGGGGAUUUUUAUUUGCUGCGAACUGUGUAUUGUAGGUUGGUUGAUUAGAAACUGAAUUUUAAUUUGAAUUGAGGUUUGUUCAAUUUUUGUAGCUUUAGUUAGGUUUUAUUAAAGGUAGCGGUGCAUGGGAGAAAAUGAGAGAUUGCCUGAGUCGGCUGAGCCAUUGCCAAAUGGUAUUUUGCCUGGGGCAGGUCCAGUUAUGAGGGCCCUUGAUUCGGAUAGAUGGUUGAGAGCAGAGGAGCGGACAGCAGACCUCAUUGCCUGCAUUCAGCCCAAUCAGCUAUCUGAAGAACGGAGGAAUGCUGUUGCUAAUUAUGUGCAGGAGCUCAUUAUGAAGUGCUUUCCCUGUCAGGUCUGCACUUUUGGUUCUGUACCCUUGAAGACUUAUCUACCUGAUGGAGACAUUGAUUUGACUGCUUUCAGCCAUGAUCAAAAUCUAAAAGAUACAUGGGCCAAUCUGGUUCGUGAUAUGCUUGAAAAUGAGGAAAAAAAUGAGAAUGCCGAAUUUCAUGUGAAGGAGGUUCAGUAUAUUCAAGCAGAAGUGAAAAUAAUCAAAUGUCUUGUGGAAAAUAUUGUAGUGGAUAUAUCUUUUAAUCAGGUUGGGGGGUUAUGUACACUCUGCUUCCUUGACGAGAUUGAUAAUCUUAUAGAUCAAAAUCACCUGUUCAAGCGUAGUAUUAUCUUGGUUAAAGCUUGGUGCUAUUACGAGAGUCGUAUAUUGGGAGCUCAUCAUGGACUCAUAUCUACAUAUGCCCUGGAGACCUUGGUUCUUUACAUAUUUCAUGUGUUCAACAAUUCCUUUCAAGGACCUCUCGAGGUUCUUUAUCGCUUUUUGGAGUUCUUCAGCAAGUUUGACUGGGACAAUUUUUGUGUUAGCUUAUGGGGACCGGUACCCAUCAGCUCUCUACCUGAUGUUACAGCGGAUCCGCCUCGAAAGGACAGUGGAGAAUUGUUGCUUAGCAAAAACUUUCUUGAGUCUUGUAGCAUUGCAUACUCUGUUUUUCCUGGUGGCCAGGAAAAUAGUGGACAGCCAUUUGUUUCAAAACAUUUUAAUGUAAUCGAUCCAUUACGAGUGAGCAACAAUCUUGGGCGUAGUGUUAGUAAAGGUAAUUUCUUUAGGAUUCGGAGUGCAUUUGCUUUUGGAGCUAAGAGACUGGCCAGAUUACUUGAUUGCCCCAAAGACAACUUAAUAUUUGAAGUCAACCAGUUCUUCACAAAUACAUGGGAGAGACAUGGAAGUGGUCAGAGGCCAGAUGCGGCUGGGGAUGUCUUAUCGCAGAAGAGAUUAUCAACUCCAGAUGAUCUUUCUGAUUUUAGGAAUUCUAAUAAUAUGGGUGGGAGUAAUGUAAAUGCAAACUCGGUGGUUCAUGAGAAAGAGGACAGGGGAAGUCAUGGGCGCAGUGUUUCUUCACAGCAUGGGGGAAUUGCUGCUACUGUUAUGCCAGCACGUGAGGUAUCUGCAGCUUCCCACAUACAAAAUCUAAAAAGUAAAAAUCCAAACAUGUUACAGAUUCCUGAUCGACUGGGAAGAAAGAAUGUCUCCGCAAAGGUUUCUGUUAGCAAUGAAACUCAGAAAGAUUUGAAAGUUGAUCAUCUGGCGAGCAUACCCCAGGGACGAUUUCUUUUUGCUCGAACCCACUCAAGUCCUGAACUAACUGAUGCUUAUGGCUAUGUCUUAUCUCAAUCACAACAUAACAGACAAUCAGAAACUGCAUACCCACAUGGUACUUGUUCAAAUACAGAUGCAAAUAAUAGAAAGAAGUACCAUGGAUCUGAAAGCCUGGGAAGCCACGUUAAUCAUUCUUCAGUUACAGAUACUUCUUCUAUGAGGAAUGCUUCAUCUCUGGAUACUUAUGCUACUGAUUCCAGUCAUGCUUUAAAUACCUAUCUCAAAGAUUUGGGUUCUAAUGCUUUCAGUAAAGAGUUUUAUGCCAACUCUGAAGCUCAAGAUGGGCAGCUGGAAAACCAAGAUAUUGUGAAUAUGAUGGCAUCUGCUUCCCUUCAAGGUUAUGAUGGCCAGUUUCAUGUUCCUUCCCAUAUAAAUGCAGCUCAUGUACCUUUCUCCAUCCCUCCAUCCUUUCUUACUUCUAUGGGAUAUGCUCAGCAGAAUUUGUCAGGAUUGUUUCCUUCACAUAUUCCAUUGAUCAAUCCAUCUUUCACUAAUUUACAAUUUUCUCAUGGUUUAGUUUCGCCACAGUUGCAACAAUAUUUCCAUGGCUUUAGGGUGAAUUCACCCUCUGAAAAUUCAUUUGAGCAAAGCAAUGACAAUUUUGAUUCUAUGGAGGUAAACUUGGAAGAAGUUGAUAAUGAUAUCUGGAAGGAGCAAGAUGUCUGUUCCUCUAGUGGCUGUGACCCUGAGAAUGGGAAUUUUGAAAUGCUCCAGUCUGAUGAUAAACAGCCAGGAUUGAUGUCUGGUGCCAAAUAUGUUCCUCCAUGCAGAGCAAGUAGCUCUGCCAAUUCCAUGAGGAGUCAGCAGAAGAAUUUAAGGGGAAAACGUGGAUCACGGCGGCAAGGCACUGAUAACUUUCCCAUACAAGAUGAUAGAAGUGGUGACGCUUGUGCAGAAGAAACAUCGGCUAGUUCAAGAUUCUCUUCUGCUACAUGCAGUAAUUCUUUGAGAAGUAGAACUUCUUCGGAGAGUUCUUGGGAAGAAUCCUCAACAAAAUCUUCAAAAGAAAAAUGUGGGAAGAAAAUAGCAUCUGCGGAUCUAUCUACCAGCCAUGGCAAAGGCAAGAAAAUGUCUGAACAUUUAGUACUUGAGACCGAGGACGAUGAUCAGAAAUCUGUUGUCUUGUCAAACAACAGAACUGAAAUGGUAGAAGGGCACUCUGAGCUUGAGCCAGGUGUUUCUUUGCAGGCUCCAAGGCUAAAUGAUUUUGAAGCUGCUCAAACAAAUGGUAUGGAUUCAAUGAUCUCUUUGCCUCAAAUGCUUAUUGAUCCUGGCCUGAGACAGAAAAUGAAUGAUGAUUCUGGGCUAGUUCCUUUUUAUCCUGCUGGGCCUCCAGUCCCAUUUGUAGCAAUGCUUCGAUAUAUUCCACCUGAGAAAGGCAACUCUGAUCCAUCAAUUGGCUAUUAUGGAGGUGUUGAAACCUUGACAAACAGGGAACCAGUUCAUGAUUAUAGUCAUGUGGAAUAUUAUAAUUCAGAUUCUUCAAGUUCUUUUAAAGAGAAAUCUGCUACCAAGACAUCUGAAAGAAAAACAUCUGAUAUUCUUCAUAGUGACUUUGCCAGCCACUGGCAAAAUUUGCUGGUUGGAAGGUCUUGUCAGGAUUCACGGUUCCAUGGGCCCUUACUCUACCCUUCACCUGUAAUGGUCCCUCCUGCUUAUCUUCAGGGUCGAUUUCCAUAUGAAAAUGCUGGUCGGCCACUUUUGACAAAUACAAACAUCUUUCCCCAGCUCAUGACGAGUUAUGGGAACCGUUUCGUUCCUGUAACUCCCCUCCAGUCAGUUUCUAAUAGACCUCUCAAUGUGUAUCAGCGCUAUGUGGAUGAGAUUCCAAGAGCUCGGAGCGGCACUGGGACAUACCUGCCUAAUCCUGUGUCUGGCAGGGAGCGCCACUCAACUGGUACUCGGAAGGGAAGUUAUAAUCAUGAUAGGAAUGGUAUGUAUGGUGACAGGGAGGGUAAUUGGAAUGCUAACUCAAAAUCACGUGCUGCUGGGCGCAACCAUAACCGCAGCCAUAAUGAUAGAUCGAGUAUGAGAGUCAACCGUUCUACUUCUUCCGAUAGUCAACCUGACAAUUCAUGGGUUUCAUUCAGACAUGAAUCGUUCCCUUACCAGACACAGAAUGGCCUAUUGAACUCGAAUUCAAAUAUGGAUGGUACUCAGAACAUGGCUUAUGGCAUGUUCCCUCUUGCGCCCACAAAUCCCCUUGGAGUUUCCAAUGGACCAUCUGUUCCACCAGUUGUGGUGUGGUAUCCGUUUGAUCAUAAUGCUGCCUAUGGAUUCAAUGGUGAACAGCUUGAAUUUGGUUCUCUGGGUCCUGUAGAUUUGCCUGGAGUCGAUGAAAACUCACACCUAAAUGAGGGAACUGCAUCCAGAACAUUGCAGGACCAUGGGCGCAAUGGAAACACUAGGCACCAGUCUUCACCAGAUCAACCACCUUCACCUUAUCAUAAGAGGACUUGAUGAAUUUGCUGCCUCCUUGGCUUUUGAAGAGCAUUGAGUUGGAAGGACGGCAAUUUUCUACAUUUUGAAUUUCAAUUCUGAACAAUGUGGUGGUAUAUAUAGUGUGAAUGAUGAAUUCGGUUCCACUCAUUAUACCCUUUUGUCCUUAAAUGUUAUAUCUGGGUUCCGGCCUGCCCUUGUGGCCUGCAUGUGCUAGCAUUCAUAUUUGUAAAUAGCUAGUAAUCAGAUUGCUAUCCACUCAAGACUUGGAGGAUUUGAAGGAAAGAAGUGGAAAUUGCGUAAAAAUUCUGUUUAAUUGGGUAUAUUUCUCCUAUCAUAAGCAGUAGUGUAGCAAGAUGUGAUGCCAUCGAACUAGAUUUAGUUGAUUGUAGGGCUUUUUUUCCUUACAAAAGUUCCUAUGGAUAUAACUUUAGGGUUUCAUAUUGUAAAAUAUUUUCUUGGGCUGAAUGUCGACAAUAUACAGGCUACAGCAUGAAUGGAAACCAGAGUUUUGCAGAGAAGGUUCAGUCUCACAAUAUUCUACCCAAACCUCAGACGCUUUUUGUCAGGGUUUCUAUAAAGAUUACAAUCAAUUGUGCUCUUUGGUGUUUUUCCACAGGUAUCUAUCUCAAUGCAAUGCUGUUCCUGGUUGCUGUCGUAGUAUGAAGGAUUCUAGAAUGACGAUAGGUAUGUGUUAGCUACAAAAUCUCACGAUUCUUGUUAUCUAGAGCAAACAAUGUUUGGAUCAAAUUAUAUGGUGCUACUCUAUUGUAUUAGACAGUUUCAUGAGCAUUGACUGCUAUCUUUCGUUUUUCUGUU